CUUCAACACGGUCGCAUCAGACAGCUCACCCAAAGACUUGCCACGGUCGUUUUCCACCAAGCGCCGUUCGGUUGUUCCUUUUCGAAAAGCUGGUCGUGGAUCAAAAGUUUGGAAAACCAGCUUUUGACCAUUAAUUAGAGGAUGCUUGUGAUGUCUUCGGGAACCUUAGGGGGUGGAGGGCCCUUUGAUUUGCAUCCUUUCCACAUGUUUCUACCUAUAGCCCACCAUUUUUGCUCGAGAUGCCUCGAUUCUGCUCAUGCCGAGCGACUGCCUCAUUUGGAGUGCGACCUGGGGCACAGCACUGGUGUGGGGGUUGGCAGAACAGCUGCCGUGCUGGGAGGGUGACCAUGUAGCGCCAUGGGCCUGUUGCCCGAUGAACGAUGAUACUCAUUCCUGCUUCUCCCAUGGCUUUACUCAUGCGCAGUGUUGCCAUGCAGAAGGAGCUGGCUUGAGUGGUUGCGGCUGCAAGUCUCUCUAUUUGCGAGAGGUGGCGACGUUCCUGUCCGAACGGCCCAGAGAGGAGGCGAUCGCCGCGAAGGAGGUGCGCCGCUUCCGCUGGCGCUUUCACCCCGCGGAGUGUAGCACCGAGCGCUUGUGGAUUGCUCUUCGAAGCGCCUCCCGCCAAGCGGAUCAGUGCUCUGACUGGGAGAAACUGCACUUCAUCGUUCUUUGUGGACUACAAGCGAAGUGGUGGCAGAGCGAUGAGCUGCCUCAUGGACGACAAGUGGGAGUCGAUCACUUCUGGGAUUUGAUCCUCAGCACUGCGGUGAAGUUGCUCUCCGCGCCACGGUGCGCGCAGCUGUUGACGCCACAGGAGGCCUAUGAGAACUUCCAGCGCUUCGACUCCUACUACACUUCGAGCACUUCCUUCCGUCACAUCGCAGACUUCACUUGGCACCGCGCCCUGCCAGCUUCACCCUUAGCACCACCAGCGCAGCUGCAUGGGCACCGCACAGGACGCCCUGCGCACGCAACUGCUGCGCCCUCUGUGCAUUGCUCGGUGCUGGCACGGCUGCCUGAGGACCGUGCGCAGGUGAGGGCAGCUGCAGCCACCUGGGGCCGGUCCUGCGAUCUCUUCGAGGUCUACGUCGCACGUCCCGCGGAUCGGGCCCCGGGCGCAUGGACCGGGACAGGCAGUUCGCACCGCGGUGACCAGGUGGUGAACCUGGCCAUGGAGUAUCCAGUGAUGAAGGUGCAUCCAGAUCAACGGGGAGGCUCCAAGCUCUCACCAUCGAUGCAGUCGCGGAGGUUUCAAACCACCAAUCUCAUCCGUAAAACCUUGGCGAUGUGGCACUUCGUCGGCAGCCGCUCGACCGAAGAAAACGGCCGCUUCGCCGACUUCGUGUGCCGCCUGGAUCCGGACACGCUGUUCCUGGCCGAGCGCUUUCGGCGUUUCGUGCAGCAGCAGGGCCUGGACCGAGAGAGCAUGGUCUAUUUCGGACAAGUGCACCACUUCAUGAGAGGACUUGUGGGCUACUUUCCAGAUGGUGGUGCUGGCAUUUGCUUGCCAGCGCGAGCUUUGGAGGCCUUUACGUACUUGUUGGGCUUCAUUGUGCAUGCUGCUUUGGCCGAGCAACAGGCUGCAUCAUCCGGUCAUCAAGGAACUCAGUGCAACUGUAGCCAGAGAGCCACAAAACAAACAAAAAGUUUUUUGAGUCUGAAGGGCUUGAAGGGCAAUUGAAUCCACUAACAUUAGCACCAACUAGUUUUCAAGAGAUCACUUAGCAGACUUGCCCGCACCCUUUGGGGCGUGGCAAAUGGGGGGAAAGCUUUUUCCGAAAUCACCGGAGCAGCCGAGGUUUAUUCCGGUGGAAACCGAUCGAAAGAUUUACCCUCAAGCUGUCAGAUGCUUCCGGGUCAUUUGGACGAUGUGGUCACCGGCCUUUGUUUUCAGAAACUGAGCCUUGGCGGCCCGCAUGGCGUGUUAGACCGUGACUGGCGUGCAAGACAUCGCGAGACUGGCGGCAUGUGAAGAAUUGAUUCACCACACCUAUAGCCAGAGGGGGAUCUUCAACACCUUUUGCUGUUGAUGCAAUGAGCUGCAUGGCAUUGAGACGAACUGGCUCCAAACCAACUGGCUCCAAAGUCAUGUCGCUCCGCGCGCGUUGUGACGACGUGCAGCCCUCAGGGCUGCCAAGCAGCUCACCAGGGAAGCUCCCAUG